UUUGCGCCCCGCUCGUUGGCCGAACCGAGCCGAGUCGAGCCGAGCCGAGCCGAGCUGCGAGCCCAUGGAGGAGAAGCAGGACGAGAAGCGGGACGGAAACAGCGUGUUCCGGCCGCACGGCACCACCGGCAGCCUCUCCAACUCGGUGGCCUUCAAGCCGGCGGAGGAGCGCGACGAAGCCAUGGCCCAGGUGGGGGGCGCGGAGCCGGAGGAGGCGGACGGCGCGUCCCGGCAGUUCGGCUUCAUCCAGCGGCAGUUCGGCGCGAUGCUGCAGCCCGGAGUGAACAAGUUCUCGCUGAGGAUGUUCGGCAGCCAGAAGGCGGUGGAGAAGGAGCAGGAGAGGGUGCAGACGGCAGGGUAUUGGAUCAUACACCCGUACAGCGACUUCAGGUUCUACUGGGACUUGAUCAUGCUCAUCAUGAUGAUGGGAAAUCUGAUCAUCAUUCCUGUGGGAAUUACCUUCUUCACGGAGCAGACGAGCACCACGUGGCUCGUGUUCAACGUGGCCUCCGACACCAUCUUCCUCGUGGACCUGGUCAUGAACUUCCGCACGGGCAUCGUCAACGAGGAGAGCUCCGAGAUCAUUCUGGACCCCAAGGUGAUCAAGCUGAACUACCUCAAGAGCUGGUUCGUCGUGGACUUCCUGUCCUCCAUACCCGUGGACUACAUCUUCCUCAUCGUGGAGAAGGGCUUCGACUCGGAGGUGUACAAGACGGCGCGGGCCUUGCGCAUCGUCCGCUUCACCAAGAUCCUCAGCCUGCUGCGGCUGCUCAGGUUGUCGCGCCUCAUCAGGUACAUCCACCAGUGGGAGGAGAUCUUCCACAUGACCUAUGACCUGGCCAGCGCCGUCGUCCGCAUCUUCAACCUCAUCGGCAUGAUGCUGCUGCUGUGCCACUGGGACGGGUGCCUGCAGUUCCUCGUCCCGCUGCUGCAGGACUUCCCGUCCGACUGCUGGGUGUCCCUAAACGGUAUGGUUAACGACACCUGGGGGAAGCAGUACUCGUACGCCCUCUUCAAGGCCAUGAGCCACAUGCUGUGCAUCGGCUACGGCGCCCGUUCGCCCGUCAGCAUGUCCGACGUGUGGAUCACCAUGCUCAGCAUGAUCGUGGGCGCCACCUGCUACGCCAUGUUCGUGGGCCACGCCACCGCCCUCAUCCAGUCGCUGGACUCGUCCCGGCGCCAGUACCAGGAGAAGUACAAACAAGUGGAGCAGUACAUGUCCUUCCACAAGCUGCCAGCCGACAUGCGCCAGAAGAUCCACGACUACUACGAGCACCGCUACCAGGGCAAGAUCUUCGACGAGGACAGCAUCUUAAGCGAGCUGAACGACCCGCUGAAGGAGGAGAUCGUGAACUUCAACUGCCGCAAGCUGGUGGCCACCAUGCCCCUGUUCGCCAACGCUGACCCCAACUUCGUGACGGCCAUGCUGAGCAAGCUCAGGUUCGAGGUGUUCCAGCCCAACGACUACAUCAUCCGCGAAGGGACUGUGGGCAAGAAGAUGUACUUCAUCCAGCACGGCGUGGCCAGCGUCAUCACCAAGAUGAACAAGGAGAUGAAGCUGACGGACGGCUCCUACUUCGGAGAGAUCUGCCUGUUGACGAAGGGACGCCGUACGGCCAGCGUGAGGGCGGACACCUACUGCCGCCUGUACUCGCUGUCGGUGGACCACUUCAACGAGGUUCUCGAGGAGUACCCCAUGAUGAGGCGGGCCUUCGAGACCGUGGCCAUCGACCGGCUCGACCGCAUCGGGAAAAAGAACUCCCUGCUUCUGCAGAAGUUCCAGAAGGACCUGAACGCCGGAGUCUUCAACACGCACGAGAACGAGAUCCUGAAGCAGAUCAUCCGGCAGGACCGGGAGAUGGUCGUCAGCGUGGAACGCGACCAGUCUGCUGGGGGGCUCAACUCCAACUCGGUGAUGCGGUCGCCGGGGCGACCGCUCCUGUCGGCCCCCCUGCAGCAGUGCGCCUCCCCCCGCGUGCUCCCCCCCAUCCUGCCGCCCAUCAACUCCCCCUGCCCCUCCCCCUCGCCCGGCCCCGCUCCGCCGACGCCCCUCCCCCGCCACGGCUCGGCGCCGUCCUCGUGCCCAUUCACUCCGGGAGCGGGGAGCCCGUCCGUCUCCGGUGCCCCGGUGGGCCGGACGUUUGUCUACGGCUCCCCCGGGGCGUCCCAGCUCUCCCUGGUGCACCAGGCGGCCGCGUCCCCCCCCCGCAGGGCUGCGCAGGCCCCGGCCCCGGGUGCCCUCGGCAUGGACGCGCGUCCCCUGUCCGCCUCCCAGCCGGCCCUCCCCCACGAGAGCGCGCCGCUGGGGGCGAGGGUCACGGUGGCGCCGGGGGAGUCCCCGAGCAGGGUGCUCAGACAGAUGUCGUCCGGCGCCUCGCUGCCGCCACCCCUGCUGCCCCCCGCCCAGCGCCGGGAUUCCCCUCCCAGGAUGGAGUCCACGGGUCACGACAGCACAGAGCCGGAGUCAGACAAGCUGCGCUUCUCCUCCAACUUGUGAUGGAGAGUCUCUCCUCUGAGCCCUUGGUGGAACAGACCUUCUAGACCCCACCCCCACCCCCACUUCGGCGGAGGACCGCGACGGACUCGUGAAUCCCAAGUCUUCCUCU